AUGAUCUCAGAAUUAAAGGCAGUUGGUAUAUCUCUUUGUAUUUCAGUAACAUUUAUAUCAAUUUUCUACGUUCAGAAGCUAAUUGCACCAUCUGUUAAGAAGUCUACGUAUAGAUUAACCGUAAUAUUUUUAGCAUUCUUAGUCAACUUCGCAAUACUUAUGCAUUACGAUGCCGUUCAUCCUGUUUAUGCAUUUGGUGACUCAGUUUGCUCGCUUUUAUUUAUUUUAACGACAGUUUGUUUAUUCAUCGGCCCAAUAUUCCAAAAUUAUUUCAAAUUUAUGUCGAGAUAUAACAUUGUUAAGGAUAAGAAUGGAUUUUUAAAGAAUAAUUUGCGUAGUUUUAUAUACGAUUUUCCAAUAAUUGAUGUGAUCAUUGCUCCAGCGCUUGAAGAACUAUUAUACAGAUAUGCAGGUGGCAAUCUCUGGCUUAAAGCAAAUAUAUCAGAUCUCAAAGUCAUCUUUUUAAGUCCGUUAAUUUUUGGAGUGGCACAUUUUCAUCAUUUCUUCGAAUUACACGGACCAUGGCAAAAAAGAUUGAUUAAGUGCAUCAUCCAAGUCGGAUUUACUUCGCUAUUUGGCUUUUGGACAACAUUUUGUUGGAUCAAAACACACGGCCUUUUAACAUGCAUGAUUUUGCAUGGUUUUUGCAAUUAUAUGCAGUUCCCAGACUUUGCUGAAGCCUUGAAUUGGCCAAAUCUUUCACAAAGAAAAGUUCUGUAUACAUCUUACAUUUCUGGUAUAAUUAUAUAUGUUCUUUUAACAUACAUCAUCGCAAAAUAUUAA